AUGGCUUCAAUGAACAUGGGCAUGUUGCCCACCAUAAAAUGCUCCAAUUGUGGGUGCAAUGUCGAGAUCUCCUCCAUGGGAGAUCAUACAUGCAUUCGAAAUGAAUUCGCCCCAGUCGCGCCUAUCCCAUCACCGCCUCCAUCGGCAGGGUUUGAAUCAGACCGAUUCAUAGAGGCAAAGGUUGGCCGGGGGCCUCCCCCGGCCAUAGACCCCUCCGCUGCAAAUCGAGCAUUCCUGCAGCCAAAUAUGCCGACACCAGCUAACAGUGUCCAUCUAUCACCCUUACCUGCCAGUCCAGCACCAUCUGCACUGCGCCCGUCUCACAGUCCGACCGAGGAUCGAUCCGAGAGCAACUCGGACACGGUCUUCUCAUUCCCCAUGCCUGGAAACAGGUCGCCCACUGAAGUGAGGACACCAAGUCCAAUGAUGGAUCGGAAACCACUGAAAUCACAACCACAAGUCUCGACGGGAAUGGGGCACAGUUCAAAGCCAGAGAAUAUACAGCUUCCACCUAGUCCAAUGCCACCCAAGUCUCCAGAUACGAAUCAUCGCAGGGAGGAUUCGGCGGUGAGCCAGAGCAGCUACCGGUCGUCUUUCGCCAGCAGUCGCUACGGCGAUUCCACAACGAGGUCAUCGGCCAACAGCCUCUCGCGAGGUUUCCGGUCAUUUAUGGACGACACACCACCAGUGCCAUUGGCGCCUCUCCGCACCUCCCACAAGACCUCUUUCCCCCGUGAUUCCAAUGUCUCGGUUGUUUCAUCCCGGAUUAGCAAGGAAGAAGCUAGUGGAUUCGACUUUGGUAUUCCAACAGCCCAGAACCAGACUACCGGACUGCACGAUCUCCCAGAGGAAUCCCGCUCAUUCCAGGAUGAGACUGAAUAUAUCGCUUUCCGUCCUGGACAAACCCACCUUCACCCCGCGACAGCGGUAGCAGAGCCAGGUAGCGAUGCGCCAAGGAAAAGCUCUAACGCAAGUACGACAAGUGCGUUCUCCGUCACUAGCUUUGCCCGAGCUCUUGGUCUGGAUGACCAAAUGAAUCACUCCGAAAGCUCCUCUGAUUCAUCGCCUUCCGAUGCCCGGAGUGGUAGUUCCAUGUCUAGUCUUCCCUCCGACGUCAGCUUGAACCGACACAAACCCACUGAUCCGCUGAAUCUAUCGCCGUUGGUUGAAGAGAUGCCCGCUCGGACCCGACAGACGAUUGUAGAAAUUCCCGGCCGUAUACGGAGCACCAUGGAAGACGUCCCUCCCAUCCCAGCUGCUUUCUUCAGCCCGGAUUCACCUACCGACCCUUCAAUCAACCAAGGCGGCGUGUCGUUGAUUGCAGAGAGGAAAGAACCGCCGACUCCCACAUCAACACAACAAAAACCAUCUAUCCCCCGAAAGCCAGCACCACCUCAACGCUCAUUCACAGCACCCAUUCCCCCACAACCCAAAACACCAACCACGCCCACCCGGUCCGCAACCGGACGUUCGAAGGGGAAGUGUAAGGGUUGCAAUGAGACGAUUACAGGGAAAUCGAUCUCAUCCUCAGACGGCCGUCUCACAGGUCGCUACCACCGCGGCUGCUUCGUUUGCUUUGAAUGCCACUCUCCCUUCCAAACAAUCGAUUUCUACGUCCUCAACAACCGCCCCUUCUGCGCACAGCAUUAUCACGAGCGCAACGGCUCCCUUUGCGCCGGUUGUAAUACCGGAAUUGAGGGCCACUAUCUAGAGACCGUCGAGCGCAACCCUGCACGACCAGAUCGCCGUCGAUUCCACACCCAGUGUCUGCAGUGUCGUACAUGCCGCGUCCUUCUCAAGGGCGACUACUUCGAGUGGAACGGCGAAGUCUUUUGCGAAAGGGACGCUCGUCGAGCAGCAGCUGCUUCCUACCACCCACCACUUCCUGGCCCUGGUCCUGGUCCUGGUCCUGGUCCUGCUGGACCUCCUGGUCGUCGCCGUCCCACACCAGGCUCGUCUCCGCUGGCACAGUCUGGCCACUUCCCACCGGGCUCGUACCCUCCACCUGGCGGACGACCUGGACCUGGGCCUGGACCGGGACUCCACCCCGGGGCUAGAUUCCCACCUGGCGCUGGUGGUGGAGGACGCUUCCCUGAACGACGCACCACCAAGCUUAUGAUGAUUUGA